GCCGCCCUAGGUUGUCUUCAGCGUAGUACAUAAUCUCUGCUUACAGUAGUAAGGAAAGUAGUUGUUGCAAUUUUGGACUACUCUACAAAAAGUUGGCGGGAAAAUUAUUUCUGUGAUGUGAUCUAGUGAUCUUGCUGAUCUAAUAAUUUUUUUAACUGAGUCCAAAGAUUUUUUAAAUUAUAGUCUUGGUGCCUUAUUGCAAGUGAUACAAAAUCUAAUUAUAGGUACUCGUUUACUGUAAUUGGAAAGCAUGAUUUUUUAACCUCUACAGUUUCCAGGCACCUGUGACAUUCACAAUGGUCGUGAAGCUGAAUCUGAUUGCCGCAGUCUGUGAGAACGGGGGCAUCGGCCACAACGGAGAACUGCCAUGGAGGCUGAAGAAGGAGCUGUCGUAUUUUUCACGCAUGACUAAAGCCACGGAGGAUGCAAGCAAGAAGAACGCAGUCGUGAUGGGCCGCAAAACUUGGGAGUCCAUCCCGGUGAAGAUGAGGCCUCUGCCGGGUCGGGAGAACAUAGUCCUCUCUCGUCGUGUUUUGGACAUCCCGAACAAUGCAGCAACCGUUUGCAGCUCAUUUGCUUCUGCGGUUGAGGCUCUGAGCUCGCCACCCCUCUGUGAUACAGUUGAGAGUGUCUGGAUUAUCGGCGGCAGCUCCCUGUACAAGGAAGCGAUGCAAUCUCCCCUGUGUCACCGCAUCUACCUGACAAGAAUACUGAAGCACUACGACUGUGACGUCUUUCUGCCUGACAUACCUGCCUCCUUUGUGAGGAUCAAGGACUCGCGAGUUCCCGAGGAGAAGCAAGAGGAGAAUGACGUGGAAUAUUACCACGAAGUGUAUGAGAAGCAAGAACAAGUGGUCGACGAGUGAGCGUGAAGAAAGAUGUUUUUCAUAGCUGUGGAAACUUCACACGUGCAUGCCAGCACAGUCAACAUUAGGAACCCUGUAACGAGGAGUUUAAAUGUGUUACGUUUCAAAUUCAUGUUUGUUGGAAAGUUAACACAGUUAAAUGUUGAAAAAAACUCUGUGAUGCUGCUGCCGCCAUCACACCUUUGAAAAUUUUAUAACUUUAUUUUUAUUUCAUCCCAGUGCUGUCUGCUGCACUGUAGUGCAUUUGUGGUGAGUUGUUGUGUGAUUUCUCGUAGAACUUAGGAUGCAUCUAUACUAACAGCGUACCUCCAUUCUUUCAAUUGCAAGAACUACGAAAACCUGUUUAGAGAGUAAACGGUUCAUAAAGAAAAAGAAGUAGAAACCUGUGGUGGACAUGUAUGUAUGAGCAAGGAAGGCGAGUGUUCAAUUUUUUUUAUCACCCAUGGCAGAGAGAACUAGUAUAUUAGAGUAUGAAUGUCAGUAAGUUUAGUUUGAAUUUAAAACCUACCAAAAUUAUUUCCUACAGGGUUUUUGAAACAGGAGUACUUUCAGGUAAAUGGCCACAAUUCUGUUAAGACAAUUAAUUUCUCCCGUGUAUGAACGCUGAUUUUAACAUUGUGAAAAAAUUUUUGAAUGUUAUCUGUGGUAGGAGUUUGCGAGUAUUCAAUAAAAUAUCCAAUUGUCAGGAGGCGCAACAGAUCACUCACCUCCCACCAAGGCAACCAGGGUUAGAUUUCCAGGGGGGUCCAACACAGAUUUUCACAAUUGGGAAACAUGGCAGACGUUGCCGUGGUCUGUGGGCUUUCUCGGGAUAUUCCCGUUUCCGUCGCUGCUCCAUACUCCAUCUCAUCUCAAGCAUUCUCCACGCUGGCCGGAAUGACAGGUCUGUCCCUCAAGUAGGGCAGCAGGCUCUUAUGAGUGUCAGCUCCGUUCCAUUCAUGUAGACCCUGCCUCAAGCAGGAAGCUGCAUGUCAGUUUACAUUUUCGUUUCGUUCAGUAUUCAUUAAUAAUUUAAUAUUAAAUCCAACAUUCAAAUUUGAAUAGUUUUUUAAUUAUUCUAUACCAAUGAACACACCUGGUUAGACUCCUUCACUAAAUUACAGAUUUAGUGAGAAAUAUAGAAUUUUUUUCCACAACAUAGCACACAUCAUAAUUUUUAUUUGUAGCAAAUAAUCUGUGAUUAUAAUAAAAAUUAUUAAAUUUC